GCUCGGCACUUCGCAGGCGGCAGGAGGGACCUCGGGGCUCCGCUCUGAACUUUGACUCCCGUCGGUCCCGGCCUCUCCCCGGGGCUCCCCUGGGCUCCCCGCUGCCCCCCCAGCCCCCUCUCGUUCGGCCUCGCAGGAUGCAGAUCUCACCCUUGCUGGCUGGUGGACUUUUACUCGCUCUGCUCUCCGUCAGGCUGGAGGCGAAGCCGGCGUCUCAGCUCCCACAGAAGGCUUCCCGCGGAUCGGCGGCGGCAGCGGGUCCGCCCGAGGCGGCGGCGGCGGCGGAGCGGGAGAAGGAGCGGGAGAAGGAGCGGAGCAGCGGCAGCAGCAGCAGCAGCGGCGGCGGCGGCGGGUCGGGCCCGCGGGAGGCGCGGGAGGCGCGGACCGAGACGCGGCCGCGGGCGGGCUGGGCGCGGCUGCUGCAGGACCCGCCGGGCCGCCGCCACAAGGGCCUCCAUAAGAAGGGCCUGGGCAAGGGCUGCUUCGGCCUCAAGCUGGACCGCAUCGGCGCCAUGAGCGGCCUCGGCUGCUGAGGGACCUCUGGCGGGCUUGGAAUCCAUAGUCCAUUUUCUCCUACCGUGGCCAGGCAGGGCCAUCCCCCAGGCAACGCCUAGAAGAGCAGAGACCCCUCUGGAAUGGACAAAAGAUGUGGCUGUGUUUUUCUUUUUGGUACGAGGAGUCAUGGCACCAGCUGUUUUGGUUUUGUUAUUUUUUUAAAAAGUUCUAUCUUAUAUAUAUUAUAUAUACAAACACUCACCAAGACAAGGGACAGUGCUUUUCCAAAAGACUGAUGAAGCCAGCUGUAUAACGUUGCUGUUUGUAAAUUCAUGUCAUGCAUAAAUGUAUUUAUGUUGUAAAGCUAUUUAUAUAUUGUUUAUAAAGAGAUAUUUAUAAAAAAAUUAUUUAUGUAACUAAAUGAAAAGUCAAGCAUUGUAACUUUUUUUUGUCCUAAGUAGUUGAAAAAGUUUAAAAAAAAAUCAUUCCA